AUGCAUGCAAGACUGAUACCUGCCAUGCACUAUGGUUCCUGCAUGUCAGGAGAUCAAGGAGAAUGGGUCAUGGAUAGUUAUGAUUGCGUCAUGAUGGGUAGUUAUGAAUUGUGGCUUGCAGUUGUUCCCACUAGCAGUUGUGAUACAAGGACACCAUUGACAUUGAAUCAAACUUUCCCUAUGCAAGAGACAGACUCCCGGAGAGCUUCUUGGUGGGUAUUGGAGCCUUUUUCGAGCCUCAAUAUGCUUGUGCCCGGAUCAUUAUGGCCUUUUUCAAGACGCAUGAUUUCUAAUAAUCCUCUAAGAUCUUUCACCUUGGAUAAAACAAUCAUUUGGAAAGAGUCAAAAGAGGAGGGAAGAGCCUAUGCUUUCUCGUAUGUGAAAGAAGGGUGGAAAGCAUAUGUAAGAGGAAACCUUGUUGAGGCCCAAUGGUGCAAUGCUGGUUAUGUGCCUACAUUUGACGAAUACUUGAAAAAUGGAUUAAUCACAAGCUGUUGCGAUAUUCUUCCCCUGAUGUGUUUCUUUGUCAUCGGAGAAAUCGCGACAAUCGAGGCAUUCGAAUGGCUCGAAAGUAGUCCGAAAUUCAUGACAGCUUCACAGACUAUAGCUUGUCUCGUCGACGACAAUACAAGUCACAGGUUUGAGCAAAAGAGACGCCACGUUGCGUCGGCUGUCGAGUGUUAUAUGAAGGAAUAUGGCAUCACAGAGGAAGAAGAAGCAGUUGCGGGGUUGAAGAAAAUGAUUGAGAAUAAUGCAUGGAAGGAUAUCAAUGAGGAAUGGAUGAGACCAAAUAGUGCAGUGUCGAUGGAACUUCUCGAUCAAGCCACUGGUUGGGCUUAUGCGGACGUACAGUGA